UGACCACAAUUAUAUUUGGAAUUUGAGCGCACCGUUGUCCCAACAGCAACCGUGUACAAAAUCGCACCAAAACCAAUACCAGAACCAGAUCUCGAAACAAAAUUCGCCGGCAUCGCUUCUUUGCGCCCAAGAAUUCUCAAAGGAAACGAAGAGAAUGGGCACAGUCCUCGACUCCCAUUUCUUGGCCCUCACGGCUCUUGUCACCGUUGGGUAUCAGUUCUUGUUCUUCAUCAUCACAGCGACGCUUAAGAUCGACAAAGUUACUGAUUUCGCAGGUAGCACAAAUUUUAUCAUACUUGGGAUAUUAACUCUUUCCUUGAAAGGGGCAUGGCAUUUCAGACAGAUUGUGUUGACAUUAUUGGUUGUUUUGUGGGGUCUCCGCUUGGGACUGUUUCUACUAAUGAGGAUUUUGCAAUGGGGCGAGGAUCAUCGUUUUGAUGAAAUGCGUAAUAAUCUAGGGAAACUGGCCUUCUUUUGGACAUUCCAGGCUAUCUGGGUCUGGACUGUGAGUUUGCCUCUCACUAUUGUCAAUGCUAGUGACAGAAAUCCAUCAGUUAAACCACAGGAUAUUAUUGGGUGGCUGAUGUGGUUUCUGGGCAUAAUUGUUGAGGCAAUUGCUGAUCAGCAGAAGCUGGCAUUCAAGAACUCUCCCGUCAACAGAGGAAAGUGGUGUAAUGUGGGGCUUUGGAAAUAUUCGAGGCAUCCAAAUUAUUUUGGCGAGAUUUUCCUUUGGUGGGGAAUAUUUGUGGCUUCAACUCCUGUCCUAAGAGGAGCGGAAUGGCUCGUGAUGAUUGGUCCUAUUUUUUUGACACUGCUGCUUCUAUUUGUUAGCGGCAUCCCACUUCUCGAGAAAUCAGCAGAUAAACGGCACGGCAGUUCCGAGGAGUACCGUAUCUACAAACUCACUACCAGCCCUCUUGUUCCCUUGCCACCGGGUGUUUAUGGAAAUUUGCCAUCAUGGUUCAGGGUAGCUUUCCUCUUUGAGUUUCCUCUUUACAACCGAGGAUUUCCCAGUGAUGGAAGGUUAAGCUGACGGCGCUUAGAUUUUUCAUGAGAACUUUAUUCUUAUAUUUCUGUAUAUCACCUGUAUGUCUACGUUCGAGUAUAUAUACCUUUCUUCUUUUUCUGUAGAUAUGGUGUUGAAAGUGGACAACCCUGGCUAGCUAGCAUUAUUGUUUCUUACUUAUUUUGCUUCAUUUAGCUUCGUGAAA